AAAAUACUGGCUCACCGGAACUACAACACCCACAUUCCCUUGCGACACCGACUACUUCCUCAAGUACUUCCGGGUUGUGCUUCACACUGUCUUUCUGUUGCUGCUGUACAUCAGGUUUGGAUCAAGGAGGUCGAUCGUCUUCAUGGAGCGAGUCAUGGGCGGAGGAGUCGUUCUCCCUCUGGUUUUAACGAGUGUCGGGGUUUUGCUGCUGCUCCGGAUCCUUUCCCGUCUCCGGCUCAGAGGAGCUUCUGUUCACGGCGCUGUGGUCGUCAUCACCGGCGCCAGCUCCGGCCUCGGGAAAGAGUGUGCGCGGGUCUUCCACGCUGCAGGUGCGCGGCUCGUGUUGUGCGGUCGAGAUGCGGGACGUCUGCAGCAGGUGGUGCAGGAGCUCACGGCCACUUCGUCAGACGCACGGACGCAGACCUUCCCUCCCUGCGCCGUCACCUUCGACCUGGCCGACACGAGCUCGGUGGACGCGGCGGCGGAGGAGAUCCUGAAGUGUUACGGGCGCGUGGACGUCCUCGUUAACAACGCCGGGAUCAGUUACCGCGGCAACAUCCUGGACACGCACAUCUCGGUGCAGCGGGACGUCAUGGAGACGAAUUACUUUGGGCCGGUCGCCCUCACGCAAGCUCUCCUGCCGUCCAUGGUUCGCCAACGCAGCGGCCAUAUUGUGGUCAUCAGCAGCGUCCAGGGAAAGAUAGCCCUUCCUUACAGAUCGGCUUACGCCGCCUCGAAGCACGCCACCCAGGCCUACUUCGACUCCCUACGGGCCGAGGUGGAGCGCUACGGGAUCCCCGUGACGGUGAUCAGCCCUGGAUACGUCCGGACCAACCUGUCGCUCAACGCCGUCACCGGAGACGGCUCCAAGUACGGAGUUCUGGAUAAAACCACGGCGACGGGUCGGGAUCCCAGGGACGUGGCGGAGGCGGUUCUGGAGGCCGUCCGGCGCCGAAGCAAAGACGUGGUCCUGGCGGGACCUCUUCCCACCGUGGCCAUCUACCUGCGAACGCUGUGGCCCGGACUCUUCUUCAAACUCAUGUCCUCCCGAGCUCGCAAGGAGCAAAAACCCAAAGACGAAUGAGAAGCUGCAGACGAGACGAGCGCCGGGAAAAAGGGAAAACAGAGGUUUUCUGGAGACGCUGAUGGAGGUAAAGGAGACUUUCUGGUCUCAUGUCUCUGGGACAAAGACAACUCAAGGACUGUUCAGUCGUUCUGCUGUUAAGACGUCGUGAUGAUUUAAUGACGUUGGUUUAUCAGAGACUUACAGCAUCCAAUCAAAGAGUUCAUAUGUUUUAUGAGGAUGUGGAGAUGAAAUAAAAUGGAAGUGUUGCUGUUGC